UAUUGAAUAUUCUAAUGUUAACUUAUCAAGUGAUGUUGAAGCUCUAAUUAAUUCACUAUUACAUACCCGUUUUAUAAGACGUGAUUUAAAACUAACUGAUAAUAAACCCUUGGGUAUGAAAGUUGAUAGAAUGUUUUGCUCUUCUAAUGAGCAAGGAUAUGAAAUAGGCAUAGUGAUUUUAAAAUCAUGCAACAUCUAUGUGUCUGGUUUCUACAUUGUCAGGGAUAUAGAUUUGCCUGUUUUUCAAGUGCUGAAAAUUUUAUGGAAUUUCAAAAUUUAUUUAGAUAAUACAAUUGAAAUACUUAAAAAAUUUAAAAAGUCUCACCGCAAAAAUGCAACAAUCGAUAAACAAUCUUUCACACUUAAAAAUAUUAUUAAGAAAUAUGAAAGAUUCACUAAAAAAACUGAUGGAAAAAAUAUCACAUAUCUUAAAUCCAGUCUUUUGUGA